GUAAACAGUUUGAGGAGUUUGUGAAGGGAUCCACGUGGUUUUGUUUUUAAAAUUUCUAGCACUCAACCGCCAUGGGAAAGAAAUCUAAGGUUAGUGAAGAUACAGAAAAUGACAUUAGUCAAGUCACCGAAAAUGAACCAGCAGCUGUUACUUAUGAGGAGAGGUUGAAAAAUCUGAAUCCCAUUGCCAAGCCUUUAGCCGGCAGGAAGCUUACCAAAAAAAUCUAUAAAUUGAUUAAAAAAGCCUGCAAGGACAAGAGUUGUUUUAUUGAUGGCCUGAGACAAGUUCAGUUGAAACUAAGAAAAGGAGAAAAGGGAUUAGUUAUAUUUGCUGGAGACGUUAAUCCAAUCGACAUAAUGACCCAUCUUCCCGGAGUAUGUGAAGAUCAAGAAGUUCCUUAUUGUUACACGCCAUCAAGAAAAGAUUUAGGAGCUGCUAUGGGAGUCCAUCGCUCAGUCGUGACCGUCAUGGUGAAGCCCAAAGAUGACUAUUCAGAACUGUAUGAAGAAGUGCUCAGUGAAAUUAAGGCACUGCCUCUUCCAUUUUAAAUUUUAAUAAUCCCCUCU